UUUCUUUUCCUAGGUUAAGGUAAAUUCUAGGAGGACCCUUCCUCCAAGAGUGACCAAGGAGACUCUAAUAAGAGGAACAAACUGAGUAGAGUUGUCACAGGUUAUCGGGGUGACUGGGAGCUUAGUCAAGGAGGGAUAAAGUCAGCUGUUAGUCCCGUUAUUAGUAAGUAGUAACAGGAUUAUUACCAGUUUGUAGGUGGAAGAGAUGCCUAAUAGGGGGUAAGGAAACUGUCAGGGAACUGAAGCAGGUCACAGGGCUUGUUUAUACUGUGUGACCUGCUAGGUAAACUUGUGUUUACUUUUUUUCCCACUUGCAGUCUUUUGGGCUAAUUUCUGGAAACCUGCUUUCCUGGGUGCUGCCCCUCCCUCCCUGUCUUCAGGAACGGGAUUGGAAGUAGCAUUAGCCUGAAGAAGUUGUUCUAUUUAGGGAGCUAAAGCAGAGGGCCAGUGAUUAGGCCCUUAUCUGCAGUGGGGCCUUUCUGGGUGGUGUGGGGACAGGAUCAGAGCAUCUGUCCUGACAUCAACAGAGGCUCUGCUUUUUCUAUUCCCUGGUUGCAUCACAAUUAUGAAGAAGCACUGAUGGGUCGGGCCAUCUGAAUGAAAAAGCCCUUCAUUGUGUUUCUUCAGCAUUCCAGUGUCUGGUACAAUUAGCCAAGACUCAGAAAACAAGUUGGACAAACAAGCAAGCAGCCUUCCACUGAAGGAUAAAGGGAUUUCUGGCACAGCUGAGUUAAGUGCGUUGACUGCAGAGACAAAGUGGGAGGGUCUGGGAAGAGGAAGGUGCCUUUGGGAUGACAUUCCUGGCUGGAUGAGGGGAAAGAAUGGAGCAAACAAGCAAAUCGUAUUUUUGAAGCUGAUGAAAUCUGCUGUGCCAGAUCUCCUAGAGGCUGGUUGGGGCUGGGCUACUCUAUGAGGAGGUGGAAUCACUGGGGAGAGACUUUUGACUCUUUGGGCAGCUCAAAGUCGGAACAUGAAGCUCCCUGUGGAAUCUAGGAAAUCCGUUGGCAGCGGACAGCGUGUGGGCUUGCCCCGUGAUAGCCUCCCCGACCGUGGGGCUUUUUCAGUUGGUUAACACUUUACACACACUUCAGCCUGAGAAGAGUCCAGCCCCAGCAACAGGUUGUUGGGCAGUGGAUGCACUGGGCCUGUCUCGGCAGUUAAGCCAUUUUACCUCACCAGCCCUCCUGCAACUGUCUCAGAUUCACUGGGUCACAAGCUUCUGCUCUGCAAGUGGAAGGUACCUCAAAGACCGGCUUCUGCCUGCGCAGGCUUACUCACUCACUAACUCGGCUGGACUUCUGCAUCCGAAGCGCCCACCUCGCCUGCUGCUGUUGGUCUGAAAACACUGAGCUAGCUGCUGGCGCUUUUGAAUAGGAUGCCUCUUGCAUGAAGACCUGGACCCAGUUUGGAAGUGCCCCAGGGAGGAGCUUCCUCUCUGACCUCAAGGGGAGGGAGGAGGUCAGUAGGAAGUGGUGGGUGGAGCCACUUCUCCGAACUUCUGCUGUCUCUGUUCACCUCGAAGCCUUUUUUAAGGAGCUGCAGGGCGUGCACAGGCCCCUAGCCGGAGCUUCUUUGGCACACCUUCCUUCUAGGCAGGGUCAGCAGACGCUGGCGACAUGUGGCCCAGUUACCAAGAUGAGCACGAGUUCAGCACCCACCUGGUUUGCCGCAUGUGCUGCAUGGAUGAACGGGACCGUGUGCAGAAGAAGACGUUCACCAAGUGGGUCAACAAGCACCUGAUGAAGGUCCGGAAGCACAUCAAUGAUCUUUAUGAAGAUCUGCGGGAUGGCCAUAACCUGAUCUCUCUGCUGGAGGUCCUCUCAGGCAUCAAACUGCCCCGGGAGAAGGGCAGGAUGCGUUUUCACAGGCUGCAGAAUGUGCAGAUUGCCCUGGACUUCCUAAAGCAGCGACAGGUGAAACUAGUGAAUAUUCGCAACGAUGACAUCACAGAUGGCAACCCCAAGCUGACCCUGGGCCUGAUCUGGACCAUUAUUUUGCACUUCCAGAUCUCUGACAUCUACAUUAGUGGAGAAUCAGGGGACAUGUCAGCUAAGGAGAAGCUGCUCCUGUGGACCCAGAAAGUGACAGCUGGUUACACAGGAGUCAAAUGCACCAACUUUUCCUCCUGCUGGAGUGAUGGGAAGAUGUUCAAUGCACUUAUUCACCGAUACAGACCUGACCUGGUAGAUAUGGAGAGGGUACAGAUCCAGAGUAACCGAGAGAACCUGGAACAGGCUUUCGAAGUAGCAGAAAGACUGGGCGUCACCCGGUUACUGGAUGCAGAAGAUGUGGAUGUGCCAUCUCCAGAUGAAAAGUCUGUAAUCACUUAUGUGUCUUCUAUUUAUGAUGCCUUCCCUAAAGUCCCUGAGGGUGGAGAAGGGAUCAGUGCUACGGAAGUAGACGCCAGGUGGCAAGAAUACCAAAGCCGAGUGGACUCCCUCAUUCCCUGGAUCAAACAGCAUACAAUACUGAUGUCAGAUAAAUCUUUUCCCCAGAACCCUGUUGAACUAAAGGCACUUUAUAAUCAAUAUAUACACUUCAAAGAAACAGAAAUUCUGGCCAAGGAGAGAGAAAAAGGAAGAAUUGAGGAAUUAUAUAAAUUAUUAGAGGUAUGGAUUGAAUUUGGCCGAAUUAAACUGCCUCAAGGUUAUCACCCUAAUGAUGUGGAAGAAGAGUGGGGAAAACUCAUCAUUGAGAUGCUGGAGCGAGAGAAGUCACUUCGACCAGCUGUAGAGAGGCUGGAAUUGCUGCUACAGAUUGCAAACAAAAUACAGAAUGGUGCUUUGAACUGUGAAGAAAAACUGACAUUAGCUAAGAAUACACUGCAGGCUGACGCUGCUCACCUGGAAUCAGGACAACCAGUGCAGUGUGAGUCAGAUGUCAUCAUGUACAUUCAGGAGUGUGAAGGUCUCAUCAGACAGCUGCAGGUGGAUCUCCAGAUCCUAAGGGAUGAGAACUACUACCAGCUAGAAGAGCUGGCUUUUAGGGUCAUGCGUUUGCAGGAUGAGCUGGUUACCUUGCGUCUAGAGUGCACGAACUUGUAUCGGAAGGGCCAUUUCACUUCACUUGAAUUGGUUCCACCCUCUACUUUAACCACUACUCAUCUGAAGGCAGAAGCCUUGACCAGAGGAACCCAUUCUUCUUCUACCUCCUGGUUCCGAAAGCCCAUGACUCGGGCUGAACUUGUGUCUAUCUCCUCCUCUGAAGAUGAAGGCAACCUCCGAUUUGUGUAUGAACUACUGUCUUGGGUGGAAGAAAUGCAGAUGAAACUGGAACGAGCAGAGUGGGGCAAUGACCUGCCUAGUGUGGAGUUGCAGCUGGAAGCACAGCAGCACAUCCACGCCAGUGUGGAAGAACUGGGCUCAAGUGUCAAAGAGGCCAGGCUAUAUGAGGGAAAAAUGUCCCAGAAUUUUCAUACCAGUUAUGCUGAAACUCUUGGAAAGCUGGAGACACAGUAUUGUAAAUUGAAGGAAACUUCUAGCUUCCGGAUGAGGCACCUUCAGAGCCUGCAUAAAUUUGUCUCCAGAGCUACAGCUGAGUUGAUCUGGUUGAAUGAGAAGGAGGAGGAGGAACUAGCAUAUGAUUGGAGUGACAACAAUCCCAGUAUCUCAGCCAAGAAAAAUUACUUCUCUGAAUUGACAAUGGAACUGGAGGAGAAACAGGACGUGUUUCGGUCUCUACAAGAUACAGCCGAGCUGCUGUCACUUGAGAACCACCCAGCCAAGCAGACUGUGGAGGCUUACAGUGCUGCUGUCCAGUCCCAGUUGCAGUGGAUGAAGCAGCUGUGCUUGUGUGUUGAGCAGCAUGUGAAAGAGAAUACUGCUUACUUUCAGUUCUUCAGUGACGCUCGAGACCUGGAGUCAUUCCUGAGGAACCUCCAAGAAUCCAUCAAACGGAAGUACUCCUGCGACCACAGCACCAGCUUGUCCCGCCUGGAGGACCUGCUGCAGGACUCCAUGGAUGAAAAGGAGCAGCUUAUACAGUCCAAGAGUUCCGUUGCCAGUCUUGUUGGGAGAUCAAAAUCCAUUGUUCAGCUAAAGCCACGCAGUCCCGACCACGUGCUAAAGAGCACCAUUUCCAUCAAGGCCAUCUGUGACUACCGGCAGAUCGAGAUCACUAUUUGCAAGAAUGAUGAGUGUGUGUUGGAAGAUAAUUCACAGAGGACCAAGUGGAAAGUGAUCAGCCCCACAGGGAAUGAGGCAAUGGUACCAUCAGUCUGCUUCCUUAUCCCCCCACCCAAUAAGGAUGCCAUUGAGAUGGCCAGCAGGGUGGAGCAGUCUUAUCAGAAGGUGAUGGCCCUUUGGCAUCAGCUACAUGUUAACACCAAAAGCCUUAUCUCCUGGAACUAUCUGAGGAAGGACCUUGACCUUGUAAAGACCUGGAACCUGGAAAAGCUCCGCUCCUCAGCACCUGGGGAGUACCACCAGGUUAUGAAGAACCUGCAGGCCCACUACGAAGACUUUCUGCAGGAGAGCCGUGACUCGGCGCUCUUCUCAGUGGCUGAUCGUCUGCGCUUGGAAGAGGAGGUGGAGGCUUGUAAAACCCACUUCCAGCACCUGAUGAAGUCCAUGGAGAAUGAGGACAAAGAGGAAACUGUGGCCAAGAUGUACAUUUCAGAGCUGAAGAAUAUCCGGCUGCGCCUGGAGGACUGUGAACAGAGACUAAUCAAACGAAUUCAGUCCCCUGCCAGCUCUAGGGCUGACAGAGAUGCCCGGCAGGACAGUGCAUUAAGGAUCGCAGAACAAGAGCACACCCAGGAGGAUUUGCAGCUACUGAGGUCAGACUUGGAUGCUGUUUCCAUGAAAUGCAGCAGCUUUCUCCAUCAGUCCCCAUCUGGUUCGAGUGUCCCAACUCUGCGCUCAGAACUCAGUCUGCUGGUGGAGAAAAUGGAGCAUGUGUACGGUCUCUCCACUGUCUAUUUGAACAAGCUAAAGACAAUCAGUGUUAUAGUGCGUAGCAUCCAGGAUGCUGAACUCUUAGUCAAAGGUUAUGAAAUCAAGCUGAGUCAAGAAGAAGCAGUACCAGCAGAUCUCUCAGCUCUGGAGUCCCAUCGGUCUACGUUACAGCACUGGCUCAGUGAUGCGAAGGACAAGAAUUCAGUGUUUUCAGUCCUGGAUGAGGAAAUUGCGAACGCCAAGGUGGUGGCAGAGCAGCUGAGUCGUCUGACCCCAGAGCGAAACCUGGAUUUGGAACGCUAUCAGGAGAAGGGCUCCCAGCUGCAGGAGCGUUGGCACCGGGUCAUUGCCCAGCUCGACACCCGCCAAUCUGAGCUAGAAAGUAUCCAGGAAGUUCUGGGAGAUUACCGAGCCUGCCAUGGAACUCUCAUCAAAUGGAUUGAGGAAACCACUGCCCAGCAGGAAAUGAUGAAGCCAGGCCAGGCUGAGGACAGCAGAGUGCUAUCCGAGCAGCUCAGCCAGCAGACGGAGCUGUUUGCAGAAAUCGAGAGAAAUCAGACAAAACUGGACCAGUGUCAAAAAUUUUCCCAGCAAUACUCCACUAUUGUAAAGGACUAUGAAUUGCAACUGAUGACAUACAAGGCCUUUGUGGAAUCACAGCAGAAAUCCCCGGGCAAGCGCCGUCGCAUGCCUUCCUCUUCAGAUGCCAUCACGCAAGAGUUCAUGGACUUAAGGACUCGCUACACAGCAUUGGUGACCUUAACAACUCAGCACGUGAAAUACAUCAGUGAUGCACUCCGGCGGCUGGAGGAGGAGGAGAAAGUGGUAGAAGAAGAAAAACAGGAACAUGUGGAGAAGGUUAAAGAACUUUUGGGCUGGGUGUCUACCCUAGCAAAGAAUACACAAAGCAAAGCUACCUCAUCCCAGACCAAAGAAUCAACAGACAUUGAAAAAGCUAUUUUAGAACAGCAGGUUCUGGCAGAGGAGCUAACAACCAAGAGGGAACAAGUCUCUGAGGCCAUUAAAACUUCACAGAUCUUCUUGGCCAAGCAUGGUCAUAAGCUCUCAGAAAAAGAGAAGGAACAGAUAUCUGAGCAAUUGAAUGCCCUGAAUAAGGCUUACCAUGACCUUUGUGAUGGUUCAGCAAACCAGCUUCAGCAGCUUCAGAGCCAGCUGGCCCAGCAGACAGAACAAAAGGGCUGCAGAGCAGUUGCUGGGGUGAUUGACCUAGGCACAGUGGAGAUAUUUCCCAUCUUCAGAGCCAUGCAAAAGGGCCUCAUUGACCAAGACACAGGCCUUGUGCUCCUGGAAUCCCAGGUUAUCAUGUCUGGCCUCAUUGCCCCUGAGACCAGUGAAAAGCUGUCUUUGGAGGAGGGCCUAGCCAGAAACCUCAUUAAUCCCCAGAUGUACCAGCAGCUCCAGGAACUAGAGGAUGCCCUGUCCUUAAUCAGCAGGCUUACUGAGAACAAAGGCCCUCUUUCUGUGGUGGAAGCAAUUGAAAAGAAAAUAAUCAAUGAGAAAGUUGGACUGAAAAUCUUAGAAGCUCACCUGGCAACUGGAGGUUUCAGUCUCCCCCCUGAUGAGAACUGUAUUAACCUAGAGGAGGCUUUUCACCAAGGCCUCAUUUCUGCCUGGCUUUACUCAGUGUUAGAGUCUCACCUGAGAUCAUCCAAGAACUUGAUAGACCCAAACACAGCUGAGAAAAUCGGUUUACUGGAUCUGAUGAGGAGAUGUAUUGUCUACCAGGAAUCAGGGUUGAAAUUGCUGCCUGUCAAGCAAUUGGCAGGGGGAAUGGUGACCUUGAAAUCAGGCCGGAAGGUUAGCAUUUUCCGUGCAGUUCAGGAAGGGCUAAUAGAUAGGCAGGUCACUGUCCGGGUGCUGGAAGCUCAGCUUUUUGCUGGAGGCAUAGUAGAUCCAAGAACAGGACACAGACUUACAGUGGGAGAGGCUGUGAGACAUAAUUUGAUUGACCAAGAUAUGGCCUGUGCUCUUCUCAUAAGGCAGCUUCAGACAGGAGGCAUCAUAGACACUGUCACUGGGCGUAGGCUGACAGUAGAUGAAGCAGUGAGCAAUGAUCUAAUAGCUGCUAAGAUUGCACUUGUGAUUCUGGAGUCCCUUUGGUCAUUCAUGGGGUUGCUAUGGCCCGAGUCCGGAGAGAUUCUGCCAAUUACAGAUGCCCUGGAACAAGGUAUUGUGUCUACUGAACUAGCCCAUAAAAUCCUUAGUGGCCGACAGCAUAUUAAAGCCCUAUUUCUACCAGCAACCACAGAGAUUUGGUCCUGGAAAAAAGCAGUAGAAAAUGGUAUGUUAGACAAAGAUCUUGCCAAUAACUUGAAGUCAAUUUGUAUCCCUGAUGUGAUGCCCCACAUGCAAUUGGCAGACUCUUUAGAACGAAGCAAAUUGAACACGAAUCCUGGAGCGGCAGGUGUGCUGUGUAGCAAGGGCCAAACUGAGGGCAUCGCAAGCCAUAACGAGAAGCUGCUGUUUCAUCUGAUGACUCACAGCUAUAUUAAUGUGCGGGAUGGACAGAGGCUGCUCCUGUUGGACAAUGAGCUGAUAGAGGCACUAACAGCAAGAGGUGAUCAAGCAGGUCCUCCAGAAGUGUUUGGAAGUGGGCACCAGAGACUAGAUGCUCCUGAGAAAUUACAAGAAUCGGUGAAUGUGAAAAUCACAGAAACUUUCUGUGAUGGGCUGACUGUGAGGCCACAUGAGUUCCAGUUUUCUUCUCAGAACAAAGAAGAUCCCGAUCAGGCAAAUUGCACUGAAGCAAAAGGCAAAAAGACCAUUGUAGAAACAGAAGAGAACACCAAAAGGGACCUGUUUGUAGGGCAACAAAAAGUGGGAAAUCCAAAUAUUGAUACUUUGAAGGUCAUAGAUAAAGUCAAGUCAGAGUUUAAAAGGCAGUUGUUAGAUACCAAAAAGGAAGACCAAAUAGAAGUGUCUACCAGAGAAAAUGUCAACAAAGGAUUUCUCCUUAUGGUACCUCCUGAGGAAGCAGAAGAUGUGACUUUGGUGGAGGACAAAGAUCCUUUUCCUGUUGAAUCACCAAAGGAAGAAUGGCAGACUCUCAGAAAGACUUCCUUUAUGUGUCAGAAAGAACAAGCAGACACACUGGAAACUGAAUAUACUCUAGGUGAAACUGGAAGACCUCUCAUAAAACCCCAAAGCAGAAAGUCACAAUUUCAAGUAGAGAAAGCUCUAGUUUUAGAAUCGGAACUAAAGUCUGAAAAGGAUAAGAAUAUUCAUCUGGGCAGAAAGAAAGCAUUAAAUAAGACUUGUUUGGGUAGGGAUGACCAUAAACAAAGUCCAGAAGGACACAGCAUGGCAGGUGGUGGUAUGAUGUUGUUAGAAAAGACAGACAAGGAAGCUAAUGGCAGUGAAACUUCCCUGUCAUGCAGUCAUCCUUCAGAGUUGCUUGAAGAAGCUACCUUAAAUAUAUUAUCUACACAAUUACUAGAGGGCGGUAUCUUUCAUGAACAGACAGGUCAAAAACUCUUACUAAAUGAAGCAAUAGCCCGAGGCCUUGUGCCUAGUCACACUGCUGUGAAACUUUUGGGAAAGCUGAACAUGUUUCGGGGCUUCUUUGACUCUCAGACCUGCGAGUCUUUGAAAACUGAAGAAGUCAUUGAUGAAGGUCUAAUGGAUGAGAAAUUGUUACACAAUGUCCUCAUGGCAGACAAAGCUAUAAGUGGUGUCUUAGACCCUCGUACCCACACACUCUGCUCUGUGAAGGAAGCAGUUGCCAUUGGACUUCUUGACACACAAACAGCCACCAGAAUUUUAGAGGGGCAGGUGGUGACUGGUGGAAUUGUUGACCUGAAACGAGGCAAAAAGGUUUCAGUAACUUUGGCCUCAAAUCUUGGCUUGGUGGACAGUGCUGACCAGACAGAGCUUAUAAAUCUGGAGAAAGCUUCUAAAGGCAGAGAUGCUGAAAAAGCAGUUAGAGAGAGAUUAAUUAGCUUACAAUUGGAAACAACUGGAAUUAUGGACCCUGACAGCAAAGCCCCUUUAACAGUUGUGCAGUCCAUUGACAGAGGGCUUUUGGAGAGGGAUGAGGCCAUGCAGUUGUUGACAAAGCAGGUGGUAGAUGGAGGUAUCAUUCACCAUAUAUCUGGGAUGAGACUUUCUGUUGAUAGUGCCUUUAAACAUGGCAUUAUUGAUGAAGAUUUAGCCGAGCAACUCAAAAAAGUUGAGAGCUUAAGCCUCCAUCAGUUCUCUCAUCCUGAAACAAAGGAAACUAUUUCCCUCUCUGAAGCCAUAAAAUUAGAUCUUGUUACCCCGGACUUGAAGAGAGAAAUCCAAGAAAUUCAGGCCUUGACUGGAAGCUUUAUAGAUCUCAUUUCUGGCCAGAGAUUGACCUUGGCAGAAGCUGAAAAAGAAGGACUCUUAACUAAUAAAGAAAUGUUGUCUUCAGGAAUGAUGAAUGGGAUUAUAGAUCCUGAGAAUUACAGAAUUGUUCCCUAUGCAGAAUUAGUAAAAAAGUGUAAGAUUGAUAUUGAAUCUGGACAGAGGUAUCUAGAAGUAAUCCCCUUCUCAGACAUUAAAGAUGGAGCAAGUGACAAAGUACUUACAUUGUCUCAAGCAGUUCAGCUUGGAAAAGUAGAUUUUGCAGCUACACUGAAGGUUCUGGAAGCUCAGGCAAAUGCUGGAGGAAUUAUAGACACUGCCACGGGGAAAAGAUUGACAUUGGCAUCAGCUUUGGAACAGAAAUUAGUGGAUGAAAGCAUGGUCCGAAUUAUUGCAUCCCGUCAGGUUUUAGAUGGAGGAAUUAUUGACAUAUUUAAUGAUCAGAGAGUAACUUUAAAGGAAGCUAUUGAGAAAAGACUUAUUAGCCCUGAACUGGCAACUAUAAUCCAAGUAGAUACCUUCGAGUCCUGUGAUCACCAGGCUCAGAGUGAAAAGCAAGAUGGAAGUGAAGUAUGUGAACUAAAGAAAGAAUUUCUAAGAAAGGAAAUGUUAAUUGCUUGCAGUCAGACUGCUGAAAUGAGUUGUGGUAAAGGAGAAAGUGAGAAAUUAUUUCAAAUUGAAAACCAGUCUGCACAGAAAAAGGUUAAAGUGAGAGUUUCUAAUGGGGAGCAGGCAAAAAAGAGCAGGGAAAUUUCAUUAAAGGAAUUGGAAUGCAAGGGUCAGGUUAGGAGAUCUUCUCGAGGUGCUAAAGAAUCUUUCAGUGUCAUAAUUUCUAGUGAUGGUAAAGGUAAAUCAUUGGGCCAAAGUUCAGUGACACACCCUCACUCAGAAAUUUGUGAUUUGAACCCCAAAGAGGUGGCUUAUAAUACCAUGGAAAAAAAUACAAAUGAAGAGCAAGAAAAAACAAUGGCACAGACAGAAAUUAUUUCUCAAAUGAAACAGUUUAUAUCAGGUCUAGAUUCUAAAGAAAUAAGGGAAAACCAAGGAGAAAUUAUUUCAGAAGUACAAGAAUCAAAUUGUGAAACUCCGGGCAAAUUGCCUAGUCAGCAGGUUAUGCAGAAACCAGUGAAAACCAGGGAGAAAGGUAAGAGAGGAAAGAGGGAGAUGACUGUAGAAGAAAGUGUCAAAACACGCAAACCAGCAGUUCUUCCAGAAGAAAAGCUGAAUCAGGAAACUGCCAUUAGAGAUGACCAUGACUCUAAUACAGAGAGUCAACCUGUGGAAAUAACUAUAAGUGAAAAAGGGAAAGAAACUGAUGGGGAGCUGGGAUUUUCUGUUGUUGGUGAAGCUGAAGAUUCUUCUUCCCAAAUGAUACCCAAAGGAAUUUCUGUAAGAAAUCAAGAUGCUUUAACAUUCUUCAACUCUAAUCAGGUCAGUGAAGGCGAUGUGAAAAAUUUAAGCCUCUGCUUGACUUUAAAACCAGAAGAAAAUUUAUCUCAAGAAGUUACUGUUGGGACCCAGAGUGAAAUACUCUCUUCUUUGACCCCACAACCUGAAGGAUUGUGCUACCAGGAACCAGUUGGAGAAGCCCAAGUUGCAAACACAUCCCCAAUUUUCACAACAGAGAAGUCUUUCCGAGGAACCACCAGACAGGAGACCAGUUAUCGUCAAGAUUCUUGUGUUACUUUUAAGAUUAGGGAAACCAAAGAUCUGACUUUCUCAUCUAACGAAAGUAAAGAAAAAUCAUACCAAGAAGUACCUUUUGACUCAACAAGCACUGUUAAAUUGGAAGAAAUUAGAGUAGGCUCCAAAGAUGUCAGUUAUUUGGAAUUCGCAGACAGAAAGGACCUUCGUCCUCAGGACAACAAAAGUGAUGGUGAACGUUGCGGAAUUCUUGAAUCUAAAAUAGUAACAACUCAGGAAAUAACAGGGGAGAAAUUUCUAAAACUGUCAGUCCCUAUAGUUACAGGUGCAGAAGCAGGGUCCUUUGAAGGCAUAGUGACUCAGGGAGUUCCCAGAGUUUCAGUGUCUCUUCUCCCAGAGAAACUGUCCAAAGAUGUAUCUCGAAAAGAGAGUACAGGACAAGAGGAUGCCACCAUUAGUCCUAUUCCAGAAACCCGUGAAGAAGAGAUGGUACCCCUAAUAUCAUACCCCACAAUGAAGAUGGAUGAGAAAACACCACAGGAGAAACUCAGAAAGAGCUCAGAGCCUGGCAGUGAACAAACCCCCUUCAUGACUGCACCGGGGGGAACGAGUGUGAACCCGGAGCCCUUCAGGGCUACCAAAAAUGUAUUUAACCGGCAGCUCUGCCUAGAACAUGAUGAGAAGUUGGUAUCCUAUCUGUCUCUAUUACGAGACAUUGAAAUGAGGACCAAACAAAUUCAACCUCUAGAGCUAAAUCUGGCAGAGCUACAGGAUCUGCUGUGUCAGGCCAAGGUGGUAGACAGGGAGCUAAAGGAUCUGUCCACGGUGGUGAGUCAGGAACUGGAAUGUGUGAAUCAGAUUAUCAUCAGCCAGCCUCAGGAAGUCCCAGCUCAACUGUUGAAGGCUCUAGAAAAAGAUGCCAAGAAUCUUCAAAAGUCCCUCAGCUCUGUGAGUGACACCUGGGGUUCCAGACUACUCCACCUCCAGAAUGCUGCAGAAGUAAAAAAGACUAGAGUUUUAAAUCAGUAUGAACAGCUAGAAGGCAAACUUCAAGAUCUAAGAGCCUGGGUUGGCAAUACCCAUCUUAUUCUGAACAACAAGGAGCAUGUCGAUGAAACAGAUGCCAUCAACAGCCUGAGUCACCAUCUCCAACAGUGUGAGGAUUUGAAACAGCCCAUGGCUGAGAGGAAAUCUCAGCUGGAUGCACUUGCCUUUGAUAUUCAGUUCUUUAUCUCCGAGCACGCCCAGGACUUGCCUCCUCAGCAGAACCGACAGAUGCUAAGGCUUCUGAAUGAACUGCAGAGGUCCUUCCAGGACCAUGUGGAUCGGACCACAGCCCAGGUGGAUGCCUUGCAAGGCCGUCUUCAACAGAUGGAGCAGGCAGCCCGGCUUAAGACCCUGCAGAAACAACAAAAUACCUGUCACCAGAAACUGGAGGAUCUUUGCAACUGGGUAGGACAGGCAGAAAGAGCAUUGGCUGGCCAUCAAGGUAGAGCCACCCAGCAGGAUCUCUCUGCUUUGCAGAAGAACCAAAGUGACUUGAAGGAUUUACAGGGUGACAUUCAGAAUCAUGCCACCUCAUUUGCCAGUGUUGUCAAAGACACUGAAGGGUUCCUGGAAGAGAACCAAGCUAAGCUGAGCCCCCAUGAGUUGACAGCUCUCCGGGAGAAACUUCAUCAGGCUAAGGAGCAGUAUGAGGCUCUCCAGGAAAGGACGAAGCUGGCCCAGAAGGAGCUGGAGGAAGUGGUGACCUCAGCCUUACAGCAGGAGACUGAAAAGAGUAAAGCAGCAAAGGAACUGGAAGAGAACAGGAGUAAGAUCGAUGCUCUCUUGGAUUGGCUGACUUCCCACCCAGUGGGAUCAUUGGGUGGACAGAUGGAGCAGGUCUCAGGAGGUAACCUGGAGAAAGGAGCCUUGGAUACCACUGAUGGUCACAUGGGGGUGACCCAAGCCCCAGAGACGCUGGACAAGCAAUGUGAGAAGUUGAAGGCUCGUCACCAAGAAUUGCUGUCUCAGCAGCAAAAUUUCAUCCUGGCCACCCAGUCUGCUCAGGCCUUCCUGGACCAGCAUGGCCACAAUCUCACACCCGAGGAGCAGCAGAUGCUGCAAGAAAAGCUCGGAGAACUAAAGGAGCAGUAUGUGACUUCCCUGGCCCAGUCAGAGGCAGAACUGAAGCAGGUGCAGACACUACGGGAUGAGCUGCAGAAGUUUCUGCAGGAUUAUCGAGAGUUUGAAAACUGGCUGGAACGGUCUGAGAAAGAGCUGGAGAAUAUGCACAAGCGAGACAGCAGCCCCGAGGCCCUUCCCGCCCUACUCAAGCGACAGGGGAGUUUCUCGGAGGAUGUAAUUUCCCACAAAGGAGACUUGAGAUUUGUGACUAUCUCAGGACAGAAAGUCUUGGACACAGAAAACAGCCUUGAGGAAGGCAAAGAACCAUCAGCAACUGGAACCUUAGUGAAGGACAAGCUGAAGGAUGCAACAGAAAGAUACAGUGCUCUCCAUUCAAAGUGUGCACGACUGGGCGCUCACCUGAACUUGCUGCUAGGCCAGUAUCAGAAGUUCCAGAGCAGUGCCGAAAGCCUGCAGGCCUGGAUGAAAGCUUGUGAGGCCAACGUGGAGAAGCUCCUCUCAGAAACUGUUGCCUCUGACCCUGGGGUCCUGCAACAGCAGCUUGUGACCACAAAGCAGUUGCAGGAGGAAUUGGCUGAGCAUCAAGUACCUGUAGAAAAGCUCCAAAAGGUAGCUCAUGACUUCAUGGAAAUUGAAGGGGAGCCAGCCCCAGACCACAAGCAUGUUCAAGAAACUACAGAUUCCAUACUCAGCCAUUUCCAGAGCCUCUCCAGUAGCUUGGCAGAGCGCUCUGCUCUGCUGCAGAAAGCCAUCGCCCAGUCUCAGAGCGUCCAGGAAAGCCUGGACAGCUUGUUACAGUCCAUCGGUGAAGUUGAAAAUAACCUGGAAGAGGAGAAGGUGGCACCGCUGUCAUCAGGAGUCAUACAGGAAGCCCUGGCCACUAACAUGAAAUUGAAGCAGGACAUUGCUCGGCAGAAGAGCAGCUUGGAGGCCACACGUGAGAUGGUGACCCGAUUCACGGAGACGGCAGACAGCAACUCGGCCGCAGUGCUGCAGGGCAAACUGGCCGAGGUGAGCCAGCGCUUUGAACAGCUCCGGCUACAGCAGCAAGAAAAGGAGAGCUCCCUAAAGAAGCUUCUGCCCCAGGCAGAGAUGUUUGAGCAUCUCUCUGAUAAGCUGCAGCGAUUCAUGGAAAACAAAAGUCGGUUGCUGGCCUCUGGGAAUCAGCCAGAUCAAGAUAUUGCACAUUUCUUCCAACAGAUCCAGGAGCUCAAUUUGGAAAUGGAAGACCAACAGGAGAACCUGGAUACUCUUGAGUACCUGGUCACUGACCUGAGCUCCUGUGGCUUUGCCCUGGACCUGUCCCAGCACCAGGACAGGGUACAGAACCUCAAAAAGGACUUCACAGAGCUACAGAAGACAGUUAAAGAAAGAGAGGAAGAUGCAUCAUCUUGCCAGCAGCAAUUAGAUGAAUUCCGGAAGUUGGUUAGGACUUUCCAGAAAUGGCUGAAGGAAACCGAAGGGAGUAUUCCACCGACAGAGACUUUCAUGAGCACUAAAGAGCUGGAAAAACAGAUUGAACACCUGAAGGGUCUCCUAGAUGACUGGACAAGUAAGGGAACUUUGGUAGAAGAAAUCAAUUGCAAAGGUACUUCUUUAGAAAAUCUCAUCAUGGAGAUCACAGCACCUGAUUCUCAAGCCAAGACAGGUUCCAUACUGCCCUCUGUAGGAAGCUCUGUAGGCAGUGUAAACGGAUACCACACCUGCAAAGAUCUGACGGAGAUCCAGUGUGACAUGUCAGAUGUAAACCUGAAAUAUGAGAAACUUGGGGCAGUGCUUCGGGAACGCCGGGAAAGUCUUCAGGCUGUCCUCAGCCGAAUGCAGGAAGUUCAGCAGGAGGCAGGCUUGGUGCUGCAGUGGCUGGAGUUAAAAGAGGAAGUCCUGAAAGGCAUGGAGGCCUCUUCAUCUCCAACCAAGACAGAGACAGUGAGAGCCCAAGCUGAAUCUAACAAGGCCUUCCUGGCUGAAUUGGAACAGAAUUCUCCAAAAGUCCAAAAUGUAAAGGAAGCCCUGUCUGGAUUAUUGAUGACAUAUCCCAACUCACAAGAAGCAGAAAACUGGAAGAAAAUGCAAGAGGAGCUCAAUUCCCGAUGGGAAAUGGCCACUGAGGUGACAAUGGCUCGGCAAAGGCAGCUGGAGGAAUCCGCAAGUCAUCUGGCCUGCUUCCAGGCUGCAGAAUCCCAGCUCCGGCCCUGGCUAAUGGAGAAAGAGCUGAUGAUGGGGGUGCUAGGGCCCCUGUCUAUUGACCCCAACAUGCUGAAUGCACAGAAGCAGCAGGUCCAGUUUAUGCUGAAGGAAUUUGAAGCACGUAGGCAACAGCAUGAGCAGCUGAACGAGGCAGCUCAGGGCAUCCUAACAGGCCCUGGAGAUGUCUCUCCUUCCACCAGCCAAGUACAGAAGGAGCUCCAGAGCAUCAAUCAGAAGUGGAUUGAGCUGACUGACAAACUUAAUUCCCGUUCCAGCCAAAUUGACCAAGCUAUUGUCAAAAGCACCCAGUACCAGGAACUGCUCCAGGACUUGUCAGAGAAAGUGAAGGCAGUCAGACAGCGACUGAGUGGCCAGUCAGCCAUCAGCACCCAACCUGAGGCUGUGAAGCAGCAGUUGGAGGAGACCAGUGAGAUUCGAUCUGAUGUGGAGCAGUUAGACCACAAGAUUAAGGAGGCACAGACACUCUGCGAUGAACUUUCAGUGCUCAUUGGAGAGCAGUACCUCAAGGAUGAACUGAAGAAGCGUUUGGAGACUGUUGCCCUGCCUCUCCAAGGUUUAGAAGACCUUGCAGCUGAUCGCAUGAACAGACUCCAGGCAGCUCUUGCCAGCACCCAGCAGUUCCAGCAAAUGUUUGAUGAGCUGAGAACCUGGUUGGAUGACAAACAAAGCCAGCAAGCAAAAAACCGCCCAAUUUCUGCAAAAUUAGAGCGGCUACAGUCUCAGCUACAGGACAAUGAAGAGUUUCAGAAGAAUCUUAACCAACACAGUGGUUCCUAUGAGGUGAUUGUGGCAGAAGGAGAAUCUCUGCUUCUUUCUGUACCUCCUGGAGAAGAGAAGAAAACUUUACAAAACCAGCUCUUUGAGCUCAAAAGCCAUUGGGAAGAGCUUAGUAAAAAAACUGCAGACAGACAGUCCAGGCUCAAGGACUGUCUGCAGAAAGCUCAGAAAUAUCAGUGGCACGUGGAGGAUCUCGUGCCAUGGAUAGAAGAUUGUAAGGUCAAGAUGUCUGACUUGCGGGUCACUCUGGAUCCAGUGCAGCUGGAGUCCAAUCUCCUGAGAUCAAAGGCUAUGCUGAGUGAGGUGGAAAAGCGCCGCUCCCUGCUAGAAAUCCUGAACAGUGCUGCUGACAUUCUGAUUAACUCUUCAGAAACAGAUGAGGAUGAUAUCCGGGAUGAGAAGGCUGGGAUCAACCAGAACAUGGAUUCCAUUACAGAAGAGCUACAGGCCAAGACAGGGUCCCUUGAAGAAAUGACUCAGAGGCUCAAGGAGUUCCAGGAAAGCUUUAAGAAUAUUGAAAAGAAAGUUGAAGGGGCCAAACACCAACUUGAGAUCUUUGAUGCUCUUGGCUCUCAAGCCUGCAGCAACAAGAACCUGGAGAAGCUAAGAGCCCAACAGGAAGUGCUGCAGACCCUGGAGCCACAGGUGGACUAUCUGAGGAACUUCACUCGGGGCCUGGUAGAAGAUGCCCCGGACGGAUCUGAUGCUUCCCAACUUCUGCAUCAAGCUGAGGUCACCCAGCAGGAGUUCCUAGAAGUGAAGCAAAGAGUGAACAGUGGUUGCAUGGCAAUGGAAAGCAAGCUGGAGGGCAUUGGCCAGUUUCACUGCCGAGUCCGAGAAAUGUUUUCUCAGCUGGCAGACCUGGAUGAUGAGCUCGAUGGCAUGGGUGCUAUCGGCAGAGACACUGAUAGCCUCCAGUCCCAGAUCGAGGAUGUACGGCUGUUCCUUAACAAAAUCCAAGCCCUCAAGUUCGACAUAGAAGCCUCUGAAGCAGAGUGCCGACAAAUGCUGGAGGAAGAAGGGACUCUGGACUUGUUAGGACUCAAGAGGGAGCUAGAAGCCCUGAGCAAACAGUGUGGCAAACUGAUGGAGAGGAGUAAAGCUCGGCAGGAGCAGCUGGAGCUGACCCUGGGCCGGGUCGAGGACUUCUAUCGGAAGCUGAAAGCACUCAAUGACAUGACCACAGCGGCAGAGGAGGGGGAGGCGCUCCAGUGGGUAGUAGGGACCGAGGUGGAUGUCAUCAACCAACAAUUAGCAGAUUUUAAAGUAAGUCUUACCCUUGUUUUUUAAUCUUUUUCUGUCUAAUAUGUGUACUUCUUUUCUUGUAACUUGGAGACCGAUUGAGUACACAUCUUAACUUCUGUCCCUGGCUUCAUUAUUCUCACUUCUAUCACCACCAUAGCACACAGUUUGGAGACUAGACAGUCUCUUGGACUUUUGGGCAACAGGUUUGAACAUUUUUCUAUUGUAAUCUGUUUUAAUGUUUAUAACUAAUUAAGGGUAUAGAAAGAAAUGUCCAAACCUUAUUUCUUACUCUAAGAAUCUUCUCUUAUGAUUUGAGAUUUCAGAUUAACCAAUUUUGUAACAAUAGUGAAUGUUUGUUGAGGGCCCUGUUUUUCGUAUCAAGGUAAUGAGAAUCCAUAAGAUAAACAUGGGCUCAUCUUGCUCAAGUGUGGAUUUUUUCACAGAUUUUGAGGGAAAAUUAUUGAUGUAUUAUUGAUGUAUUAUGAGACAAAAUGAAAAAUUCUCAUGAAUUACUAAGACCAAACAUGACACUUCAAAGAAAUUUUCCACUUGUAGCAAGUAGUGCUUAAGACUACACCUUAGACUCCUCAAGAGCACAAGCUCUCUGCCCGUACGAGAGUUUGAGAAGCACUGCCUUAACUGCAAAAAUAUUUUGAUUCUUUGCCUGAGUCAGAAUUUCCAGUCCUGAGAUUUUGUGAGUCUAUAUUAAAACAGCCGGGAAGAUGAGAGGAGUUGACUCAAAAGUGCAAAUUUGCCAGGUCUGGGUUUGGAACCCAGGGCUGUCUGCUGGGUCUUGGCUCUCACUGCAUGAGCCUUUCACCCCAAGACUUAACCUAAAAGCACCUCGCUUCCCUGCUGGAGGCCUGUUUGCUUGCUUCUUCCUUCUUGGUGCCUGGAGUAGGUUUGGAAAGGAUACCUUACUUCCAUCACCAGUGGUGAUUGUUCCUACUUACACAGUAACACUCUGCCAUCAGAGUUACUUUGUUCUCUCAGAGCCCCUGCCUGUUAGGAUUCUUUCUGUUAAAAACAUGGAUGGAAAGGGGGUGUUGACACCAGGCCAGAGCCACGUGGUCCCGAAAAAGAUCACAAAUUUGUAGGCGGGAUCCAGAUGUAGAAAGAUGGCUGUUUCAGAAGGGCCCUCUAGCUUGGGGGAUGUUUAGCACACUAAGGUGAGACAUUGGCCGAAGACCCCCUUACAGUGCAACGUGGAGCAACACAAGGCAUCGUAUUUGGGAUUCUUGAGGCACCGGGUGAGGAAAGGGUAGGUAGAGAAGGUUCAAAGCCAUGAGCCCACAUGUUAUCCUCUGGGAAAUGCCUACACCUAAUCCAGUGGCUGGGUGGCCUUUCCUGCUUCACCACGUGGGCUUCUCUUCCCUCUUCCAUUGUAAGCCCCUCAAAAGGAGAGGCUUUGCUACAGGCAUGCUUCAUUUAUCUGAUUUACUUGGAUCUGGGUUACUUAGAAUCAACUGUCUAACCAACGAAAUGAGUUUUUUAGAAAAUUGAAGCUUAUCCCUUGAGGCACCAAAGUAGUUUUAUCAAACUAGACUCUGGUUUAUAUGGAAUUAUUUUAACUUUUAUUUACCUAAUUUCCUAAACAUUAUAUUGUAUGUAAGUUCUUAUGAGUGCAGGUUAACAUUACUGAACAGAUUAUACUGUUCUCUACUAUGGUGAGGCUGCUUUGUACUAAAUGUUCUUAAAUUACCAUGCAGUUUGAGUUCUGUAUUGAAGUCCUUGUUUAGGGCCUCUAAUUGCUGAACUGGUUGGGUUGGAUGUAUGUGUAUGUGUAUGUAUACAUGGGGGGGAUGUAGUUUCUGCCUUUUCCCCCAUUGCCCUGCUAUCAGGUAUUAUUUCUCACUGCUUUACUUUUCACUGCUGUCACUGAGUCUGCCUUGAGCAGUCUGUCCCUUCCUUCUGAUCUUCUGUGAGCUAGAAAACAAACUAAACAAGCCUGUUAAAAUUGUAUUAAAUAUGACCUAGGAUAUAAAAAAGAAUCCACAGGCAGGCAUAUAUAGUGUUUGGAUUUGAGGACAAGCGAUUGUUUCCUUUUCAUUUAAUCCUUGGUUUCUAGAGACAUUCUGAAUUUUGACGCUGCUGAAAGCUUUUGAGAAAUUAUUGGACAUUCCCGUAUUUUAUUUGUAUCCUAGUGUGUAGCCCAGCAGCACUCUGGGUUCAGUAGCCGCUAGGUUGCUUGGGAUAACAGACUCGUUUUGCUGCUUUCUAAGAAGAAGCCUCCCACCACCGACACUGUGGGUAUGGCAGCUGGGGCCAGUGUGUGUAUCUGCAGGGAACUGGUGGUGACAAGGCAAGAUGAGAAGAUGAGUGCGAGAAGGAGGGUGGUGAAGUUGAGUGCCCGUGUGUACCCUCCUCCAGCUGGGGGUACAAAUCAGAAGCCUGGUUCCACAGGUCCACCUUGUAAAGUCGAGGGCUUUGGGAAGAGUUUUUGCCUCCUCCCAGCAAAGGUUUUGAGGCAGGAGGGGAGGAACACAGUACUGGCUUAGCUCAUGCUGAGCUCAUGGGAAGUGAAAACAAUGAGAAGGGAAAAGCUCUGUGUCAGUCCACAGUUCCCUAGAGGCUGAGCCAAGGGAAGGUCUUUUUGGACCCAUUCUGAGGACUGAGUCAUUUUCACGAUCUGAGCGUUGAGUUCCUGGGUUAAAUGUGCGGAGUAGUCCAGCGACAGAUUAAUCUUCCCUCACACCAGCAGCACACCAGAUGCAUACGGUGUGACUCUGCUUUCAGAUUCAAAUUUUUUUUAAUAAGAAAAAGCAGAGAUGAAGGUAAGUAUUAAAAAAACAGUGUUCGCUUUAAGUUUUCAACUCUUGUCUUUUUACAAUGGGAUCACGCUCUCAGCACAGAAUCUGCUGUAGAGAAGAGGGUAUGAAUCUGUGAAACAGAAAUGUGGGCUGUGCUUUGACCUAGCUGACUCCACGGGGGAUGGUCAGAAUAGAGAAAUGAGUCAGGUCUGUGGAGAACCCCAGGCUUACUUGGGACUGUGCAACAGUGCUGAAAAAUGCUAGGAAAGGCAGUUAGCCUCUGGGAAGUUAUUUCCUUCUUAAAUGAAUGUGAAAGUCUGAAAGUCAUUAUUUCUAGGGAAGACUUUUCCCUCGAUUGCUUCGGAAUAACUGAUAGAAUCUGGACAGCCAGCGAGGACCUAUCAGAUGGGAAUGGAAGAGAGUCCUUUCCCACUAAACAAGCAAAAGCCUCAAACCUCCUGAGUUAGGCACUUUACUGGGUUCUGCUCUCUGUUGGACGUAGAAAGGAAGAAGCCAUUCCAGAAAUCACGAAAGAGAAUAUUGAGCAUGUUUGCAGAAAACUGGAAGGAAAAGACUUUGGCUCAUCUCUUCAGGAAAUUCUGUUUUCCUGAACAAGAGAGUCUCUGAUUAGUGAGGAAAAGGAACUGUAUACAUAUAACUAGAGUCUAACAAGAAAGGAGGGACCUUUAUUUCACUGAAACUUAAGUCAAAGAAUUCCCUCAGGGUGACCUUCCUAGGAAGGGAAGAGAAAGACUCCAGAUUUGGAGAAGAAAUCUGUAAGUCUGAUGGUAACAAGAAGCUUUCCUCAUUUUGAAAUUCCCUAUGUAGGUUUUGUAAUCAAGAAUUGAGAUCAUUGUUUUUUGUUUUUUGUGGUACGCGGGCCUCUCACUGUUGUG